GCAGCGAUACCAUGCCGUGGCUCACCAGCUGCACAGAUGCCCAUUGUGACCUCCAUCCUGAUGCAUAAAUGGGAUUUCUUCAUGCGCUUUCCCUGGAAGGUGUCCCUCUUCGUCGUCUGGCUCGCUUCAAUCGCAUCCUUCUUGACGCUCUUGGCGCUGCGGCUUCUGAAGAUCAGAAGUCUCUCGUCACGAAUGUUCGACUGUACACCAAUGAACAGCGUCAGACGAUUGGAGAAAUUCGGAGCCGCAGGAAUAUUGCAGGAACAAAACUCAAGUUGCUGCUCAAGUGAAGACAGCGCUUUCAUUUUCGAUUCUCCAUCCAAAGAGCAUCGAUCCGAUGACUGGAUUGCAGAAGCGUUGCGCGCUUGCUUGUAGACGGACCUUGCUAAGACAACGUCACUUGUUGAUAUGGUUUUGGAGAGUGCACAAAUUCACUGAGUCUUGUCGAGACAGGAGUCUGCGCUCUUCAAUGAGCUCUCUCGGUGUCAAGUUUGUCCUGUGUCCUGUGUUAAGGUUUCAAGGGGCUGAAAUAUUCGAACGUUACCACUCGGAAAGCACAGAUAGGAUGAGAGCUUAAGUUGAGUUUAUGUUGUUCUAGAGCUCGUGGGGUAGUAUUAAUAUGCAAAGUACAACCUUCGAGCUCGAGGCAGAAGUGAGUUUAC